AUGUCCUUGUGGCGUGUCAGGCUUCUGGCGGCUGGUCUUGCUACUGCACUCGGCGAUCUCCCAAUUUGGGAAUGUGCGAAAAACCGCCCGUGCUCCAUUCAGUUUCAUAGUGACAACGUCACUGCCGAAGAUCUGAUCCUGGUGAGCGCUUCGGAGACUUGUGACACCUGCUUUCGAGCCGAUGCCGGUGUAUGCCCGUGGAUCGAUGGAGACAGUGGUGUUGAUGGACUCACCAUCUGUCAAGAUGGCAACACUACAGAGUGGCGAUGCCAGUUGGCUGGACAAGGAGAUCGUGUUCUCUGCCCGCCUAACUUCAAGAUGUGUGUGGAGAAGGCUUGUGGAGGAGGGGCUGACUUCUGCUGUGAUGCCACGGACUCGGGAGAGGGCAUCGUGCCGUGCCAAGACAGAGGAGGUCCGCGUCAUUGUCGGUAUAUGUCGCUUCAGAACCUGAGAGCCACCAUCAACGAAACUCAUGGCUCUGUGGAACCAGGCGCCUACGCUGUCUGUCGUUGCAGUCCCGCCGACUUUGCUGCCAGAGCCACGGGUCAAAUGCUUGGAACCUUGCAUGUCGUGGGUCCCGGCAGUCUGCACAAGCAAAGCUGCCUGUCCGGGAAACGCCUGUGCUUUGCAACGGCCACGAACUCAUUUGGCCUGUCCAUGGUGACGUCACUGUUCCAGGUGACGCCCGCCACCACUUGCGCCGAUGUGGAAGCAGACACGCCGCAGUCUUGGGCCGAGAACUUCCGGUUUCAGUGGAACAGCCACUUCUCGGGCGCGUACUUGGACGCCACCCUUACGGGACGGAAGUGGAUGGCUGGGCGGGAUCCUGGUAUAUACCGCCUCUGCUGGUGUCAGAAUGAUACGGAAGGUGCCUGUGAGUCUCUUUCCGACUUCAACGUGUCUGCCGGACUGAUGACCUGGCAUGGGCCCUUUAAGAGGGAAGUGCCAGAAGUCGCUACCAUCGGUGAAGUCUUCAAGCUCGAGUUGUCGGGAGUGGGGAUCAGUUCCAACAGUGUCCUGAGCAUCCAACAUGACUGCGGCACUGAAGGACCCAGCCUCUCGGCUAAGGCAACUCAGUCUUCAACGAAGUUCCUCUACAAUUUUGGCCAAGUCGCGGAGGACAAAUUACCUCCUGGCAGGUACCGUGCAUGCUGGUGUGAGCCGGUUCCCAAUUCGCCUUGUUCGCUGGCGGUUGAUCAGAUCACCCCAGUUGCAGAGGUUUUUGUCCGCUGUCCACCUGGGCUGUACAGCCCCAACGGAACGGGAGCCUGCCAGCAGUGCGACUAUUUUUGGGACGAGCCCAACCAAGCCCGAGACGACUGCAACACCCGGGCCGCGAACGCUGGCCAGAUAGUUGGUCUUUGCCUGUGCUACCUCAUUGGCUGGGUUCUCCUGUGGUAUCAGAUGAGCUUCUCCAUCGAGCCAGGGUGCAGACGUUUGAGCAUCUCAGGGCGGAAGGUGCACAUUGCAGAUAUCUCCUCCACGCCCUCGGAGAACGGAGACUGGACGGCCUUCGUCACGACCGUCCAGCCGCAUCACCUCACGGCCCGCUUUGGCACGUUUCCCAUCUACUUCUACCAGACAGGCCACUACCAGCUCGACCGGAAGCCGGCGCCCGGGAGCUUCCUUUACCGGGCGAGGCCCGUGGGACCGAAUCGCCUCCAGCUCCUCGACGACAAGGGCAACUCGGUGGCGAGUGCCGACACCUCCCGGGGUUACUUUGUGCUGCGCUACGCCCGUUGCGUAGUACACACGGACUUACUCCGCGGCGUGCCGGUGCUGCUCGUGGCCUCUGUCUUGUUGCUGGCUUCCGUCCCCUUGCUGGUUCUUGCAAACCUUCAGAGCGAGCCAACAUUCCAAACUUGGGGCGGGACUGGAGUGGCACUCUCGGGUUGCCUUUUGGGCUGCGUUGCUGCUUGGCUCUUGAGGCACUUGAGGGAGAGACCGUCGCCGAUACAUCAGUCCAUCCAGGUCUUCCUCAGGGACCUCCAGCGGAGGCACCCGAAUCCGGUGGCAUGCAAGAAGGGUCCUGAUCGUGCGCUCACGGCUUACCAGAUCUUCGACUUGAUGCAGCAGUUUCAGCAGUACAUACGGGAUCGGAACUUGUAUUACAUCGACUCUAACAUUGUCCAACCUUUGACCUCUCAUGUGAAGUUGUCUCUUGCCGAGCUACUGGGCCCCUCCACAGUCGCGUGGUUCGUGUCUCACUACUGGGGCACGAAGUUCGCUUACACUUGUGAAGCUUUAAGGCGGCAUGCCGAGCACGUAACUUCAGGACAGAAAGGGACAUCCUGGCAAACGAUCUCAUACUGGAUCUGUGCUUUCAGCAACAACCAGUAUCAAAUAGCGCAUGAGCUCGGCACCAGUCACAAGGAAUCAUCCUUUUACCUGGCCUUGCACAGCGCCCCUGUUCAAGGGACCUGUAUGAUCUUGGAUGAGAAGGCCCUGCCGUUGACGAGGUCCUGGUGUUUGUUUGAGCUGCUCCAGACCGUGCUCCUGGAGAAGAAACGCGAAGACUUCAAGGGUCUCCAGUUCUGCACAAACACCGGCAUUGUGAACUUUGGGCAGGCUACGACUGAGGUGGCUAUCACCAUCGGGAAGCGGCUUGCGGAUCUGUCCCUAUCAGAAGCUGAAGCGACAUGCGAGGAGGACCAAGAGACCAUCAAGUCUCUUGUUGUUGAGGAGAUGGGCAGCUUCGACGAGAUGGACAAAAUUCUCGACAUGAAGAUUAAAGAUGCCCUGGUGAUCUGCAAGAAAUGCACCAACGACGAGUUCAAUCGCCUCUUUGAGCUCAUUGAUAGCUUGUAUGUGGCUGAGGGGGCUGAGGCGGAGGGCUCUAAUGCUGACACGAUAUUGGGAUUGUGA